AUGAGCACAUCCACAUUAGAAUCAUCUACACUUGAGAAUGGUUCAACACUGAAAGCUACAUUUUCCACUACAGCUGAAAGCACACCCACAAGAAAUGCCAGCAUCUCUCUCAGAAUUAUGAUGGACUAUCUUACGGAGUAUGAAAAUAUGAACUCACCAGAAUCAAAAAAACUAAUUUCCACCUUGAAACGUGAGCUUUCAACCCUUUGUAAAAGAGCAGAUGCACAAAAUUUCAAAGAUGUGCACAUACGUAGGCUAAUGGAAGGAAGUGUGAUUGCUGAAAUUACUGCAGUAUAUAACUAUCCCAACAACAACUCACAAAUAAUUUCUCUAAAUAACGAUUUGGGACCCACCCUGGAAAAAAUCUUUAAUGACGCAGAUUCAUUUCAAAAUCUAAGCAUAGCUCUUAAUGCUUCCAUCCAAGUUGACCAAAUGACCAUGGAGCCAGUUAAAAUAUCAAAUAUUUCAGAUCUGCAGCCAUUUGUGAAAUGCACACUGAAUUUUGCAAACUUAACAGAAGAGAUCAAAGAUGGAGCAUGGGUAUGUGUGGGAUCAUGCAAAAAAAUUCCCAAAUUCUGCAAUCAACGAGGUGUAUGCCUUAAUGAAAUAAAUGGACCACAGUGCAGGUGUUACAGUUCUCCCUUUGAGAAGUACUAUGGAGAUCAUUGUGAGCUUUACAGCAGAGGGGCCGGUUUCUACGCUGUCCUCUUUGGCUGUUUAGCAGCUUUUGCUCUACUUAUCAUUGUCUUUGGUGUGAUGAUUCUGGUGCUCUACAGAGCCAAGAGGUCUGUAUAA